AUGGAGAAGGGGGAGGGAGAAGCAGUCGCCGGCAAGCACAACGACGGCAGCCACCUUGGGAGAACACAACCCACUGGCGUCGCCCCGGGCUGGGCGGCUGCGGUGGAGGCUAGGGAUUGGGAUGGGAGCGACGAUUUGGCUUUGUCGUCGAACACGGUGCCUAUCUUUACAGCAUCCGGUCUGUUUGCAAGUGUGCAAGGACAACCUGCCGUGAGCUCACGGGCCAUGACAACUACCACGGAUGCCUCAGGACAGCAGCACGGAGCAGAGCCUCCCCCAAUAUCUCUGCAGGAAGUCUUUCAUAGUCUGGCACAGGAUCUGGACAUGGAUGGCCCUGUGCAAACAUCAGAUCACAGCGAAAAUGGCGGCCGCGUCAACCGCGGCUAA